AUGGAGCAAGUCAAUCGCACUGCGGACGUAAAUCUAAAAGCCAACGGCCAACCACGUCAGCGAGUCUCGAUUGCUUGUACGGAAUGUCGAACACGCAGAAUACGAUGUGAUGGUGAACAACCCACGUGUGGAUCCUGCAGAAACCGGAGCGUCCAAUGUCACUUCAAUUUUCGGGAAAAUAGACGAAAGCCUCCAACCAAGCGUUACGUGGAGUCGCUUUGCACGCGUAUCAGAGCCCUUGAAGCUCAGCUGGAGGCUCUUGGUCAUCCAGAGGCAAGUUCCAUGCCGCAGUUGGGAGAAGAGUGCGACGACGAUGGUCAAGAAGAGUCCGAGGAUAGCGGCUCCGACCACGCAGAACACGAUGCCUUGCAAGCUCGAAAUCCCAUGGAUGAGCUCGCCGAUCGCACCGGCGCCCUUAACGUAGGUGAGGAUGGCAGUAUGCGCUAUUAUGGCUCAGCCAGCAACUUCAGCUUCCUUCAUGGGCGCAUGUGGACAGAGUCCUCAGCAAUGAUUUUUCAGAACCGCCAGCACGCUUUGACUACCGUGAGACAGCUGGGCCUCUCGGUAGAGCCCUCGGCAGAGCUACGGAGCCAUCUGUUCGACCUGWUCUGGCGCUGGCAAAACACAUGGCAGUAUAUUGUGCACAAGCCACUUUUCCUUCGUGACACGCAUCUUGGUGUUACGGGCAAGUACUCCAACCCGCUGCUUGUAUCUGCCGUCCUGGCACUUGCGUCGAGAUACUCCGACAGACCAGAGGUACGCGGCGAUGUCAACGAUCCUGCUACCGCCGGAUGUGAGUUUGCUCAGCAGGCCAAGAUGCUGUUGCACUACGAGUUCGACUCCCCGACACUCAGCACUGWCCAGGCAACGUGCUUGAUCACACUCUUUGAAUUCGCCGUGAACAGAGAAGCUUCUGCGUGGACAUACAUGGGCGUUGCUACUAGAAUGGCCUACAAUCUAGGUCUCCAUCUGAACUGCUCGCGCUGGGUCCAAAUGGGCCACAUUGAUAAUGAGGAGGCUGAUGUUCGCAUGGCUACCUGGUGGGGAUGCUAUCUACUUGACAAGCUUGUCAACAUCGGUCUCGGACGACCAAGUUCGAUCCAAGAUCACGACGUGUCUACCCCCAAACUCUCUCUCCAACAGGAUGUCGAAAACGAAUCGUGGACUUUCUGCACCGACCUGGGGUCCCCCAGUCCGUCUAAGGAUCCUCUGGCUCGGAUCAUAUCGACCUCGCAUUAUGCCUGCGAGCUCUUUACAAUCAUGUCGGCCACAUUCGACAUUCUGUAUGCGCCGAACAGCAAGCUUACUCGACAUCAGCGCGAAACGCUUGUCAGUACGGCCGACGUGAAUUUGACAAAGUUCCACACCAAUCUGCCCAGUUUUCUUCGCCUCCCAAACUCGGCGCGUUCGGCGGCAUUACCUCAUGUUUGUCAACUACACCUUCAAUACCACGUCGCUGUCAUUCUAUUACACAGACCAUUUGUCAGCAUGAAGCCUCGACGAAGAUCUACGCCCUCACAUGACCGCCCUCAGAACAAUCAUCUGCAACUCUGCCGCUCAUCCGCAAAUGAAGUCGCGAAUAUUAUGCGGGUGUAUAAAUUGCAUUACUCCUUGCGACGAAUUGCCAUCUCUGCAGUGCAUUGUACAUUCACUGCGUCUGUCGUUCACCUCUACGACGCCACCUGUACAGACCCGGUCAUUCAUCAGGGCGGUCGCAGAAGAUUACAAAUGUGUAUCGAGUUCUUGCGCGACAUGUCCACCGCCUGGAGCUGGAGUCUUCGAGCCAUUUGUGCGAUACAGAUGCUCGCGGGAGAGUGGCUUCAACAAUCAGAAGAUGUCGUACAGAUGGAACCCGUGCCAGACGUCCCGGUGCUGGCUACUAUUGAACCAGCAGACCAGACCAUGGGAACCGUCUUAACAACUGCAGUUGCUGAAGAGAGCUUCGGCUGGCUUUUUGAAGUCGAUACUGGUCAGACUAUGGAUGCGCCUGGACCCAACACAUUUAUUGACUGGGAUCAAGACCCGUUUUGGAGAUCAGCACUUGGAUUCGAACCAUCUCCAAAUUCUGACCCUUCUGUAAUGUGA